UCAAUAAAGAAGUAGUAGUUGUAACCCAAUGACCGAGCGUCUGUGCUGUUUCCGUAGGUCGCGGCAGUUCCGUAAACACAACAGCUUUGUCCCCGCGUUUCGUCCAGUUGUUUUAGUAUGAUAGUUUGUCUCAAAUGUGACACUACGACGACGUUUCCCCAUCCCGCAGUACAACACUGCAGCAAAGCGACGCCGAGGCGUUAUCAUCGUGCUAGCUCCUCCUCGUCUGGCUACGUGACGUAGCUCUAUUCGUCGAAGUCACCUGCUCUCCCUCGGUCACACACUCACCUCUGACAUUUUUGGAUUUUCCAUUCUCCCAGACACAGCGGGGUUGUCAGUCCAUGAUUCUAGAAGUUCAUCAGAAGUACUUGCUUCUUCAGAGCUAACUUUUUCCGGAGGAUGGAUGCCGCUGCCUUCCUGUUGCUGGCUUUCAUGAGCACCGGAAUACUCCACACAGGACACCACAAUACAGAGGCAGCUGUUAAACGUGUCUACCCCCACCGUAUUUGGGACCCGUAUCUGCCCCGUCAGCGCCCAGUUUGCACUGUGGGAAGAGUGUGUUACGUCCUUUUGGCCUUUUGUGGGACAGACACAGUGGAAGCAUUGUAUGGAGAAACGAUUGUUGUGCCAUGUCAUGGAGCUCCACCACUACAGGAUCUGAUGUUUGUCAAGUGGAAAUACGAACAAAAAGACGGCUCCUCUGGGGAUCUGCUGAUCAAACAGGCUCAUGCAGAGCAGGCCACAGUUCAGGCCACGGAUGACUAUGCCACGCGUAUCAGCAUUGAUGACAGCUUCAGCCUGCUCAUCAGCAAGGCAACACUUACGGACCAGAGGACCUUUACCUGCAUGGUGGUCUCAGGCACUAACCUUAUGGAGUACCGCACCAUUGUUGCUGUUUACAAGAAGCCGUCAUCAGUUGACAUCAUAGACCAUCCUGAUGUGUUGCACAAAGACACACCAACAAUGGUGGGAACAUGUAUUGCAUCUGAUGCAAACCCCCCAGCUACAGUCAUGUGGACCAAGAAUGGAAAGGCCCUCUUACCUGAUGGGAAAGCUAUUUUAAUCACUUCCAGUAUGAAGGUGGAUCCAGCCACAGGCCUGUCUUCGAGUACUUCCAGCCUCCAGUAUGCAGCUACUAAAAAGGAUGUGGGCCUUCGCCCAGUUUUUGCCUGCGUUUCCACACAUGUGCUGUACAAUCACACAGCUGCUGUGGGACCCUUCCCCAUUCACUAUCCACCUGAACAGGUUAAGCUCCAAGUCAUACCCAACAGUUCCAUCAUAGAAGGAGAGAGCGUGGUUUUGAAGUGUAAUGCUGAUGGCAACCCUCCACCAACAUCUUUCUUCUUCCACAUUAAGGGCCGGAAAAUUGGAAAUUCUGACAACUACACUUUCCCUGCUAUUAGCAGAGAUGCUACAGGCGAAUACAAGUGCUCCCUUGGUGAUAAUGAGGAGAUAGUGGACUCCCAGCAUAUUCUGGUCAACUACCUGGAUCUGAGUCUGAACCUCAGUGGGAGGGUUGUGAGGACAGUGGGGGACUCCUUGACCAUAAACCUGGAGCAAAGUGGCUCAGGUGACUAUAACGUGUCAUGGACAAAGAAUGGAAAAACAGUGACUGAGCCACAGUUCACGAGCCUCAGCUAUUCUGAUGCAGGACACUACCUAUGUGAAGCUUCUAUGAAUGGUUUGAUAAGGCGUCAGGGCUUUGAAUUAGUCAUUGAAGGAAAGCCUUUGAUCACCAGCCUGACCGAAGGACUUGACAGUGGUUCAAAGCAGUACAAGGUCCUUACCUGUGAAGCGCAAGGAGAACCUGAGCCUCGCUUCCACUGGAGCAUCGAUGGCACAAAGGAGAACACAUCCUACACAAACAGCAGAGCCAUCAGUAGAAUUGCAGUGAUCCCCAUGCUCAACCUGACUGUGAGCUGCAGCGUAAGGAACCGGCUCGGACAAGACGCCAGAACUAUUAAUGUGUCCUCUGUUUUCAAGGAGGAACAUGACAAAAGAGACUCUGGAGGUAACCCAGAGGACCAGUCCAGGGUCAUAGUGGGGGUUCUGGUGGGGCUCAUCGUGGCAGCUGCUAUAGGGGGACUCAUAUACUGGAUCUACAUGAAGAACAGGCAAGGAAGCUGGAAAACUGGUGAGGAGGCGGAGACAAAUGAAGAGUGCAAGAAGCUGGAGGACAAGAACAGUGUUUAGAAGGCUGUAAAGUGGAAGAGGAGACGCUGGACUUGGACUGGCUGCUAAUGUGCUCCAAGGCUUCACGUGCAGCUAUAGUGAACCACUGCCUUCACUUCCUCCUGUUACUGUGUUGGCUUUUAAAUUCUUUGUAUUUUUGAGUAUAACAAAUGAUGUGUGUGCCCUGAGUGAGCGUGACGGGGAUUAUUGUUGUUUUUGUGCACUAUGAUAGUUAAUGCUCAGAGAAAUGACCCUGCUGAAACUGUCUGUUUUGACCUACUGAAGGACAUUCACUGGCUGGUAAACACUGUCAAACCGAUCAUCUAAACAUGUAGUCGAGUAAGAAGGAGACUAAUACUCAGCUGCUAAAUGCUUGAUUUGUUCCACAUCAACUCUGCACUUAGUCUGAAAGGAACCAAAAUGUUUCAUUCAAAAGGUCAAAUGAAGACAUUUUACCUACUACUUCUGUGGAUUUGUUCCCCUGACAUUUGCAUUGAUACACUACAAUGUUGCCUUUGUCUAUUUGCAGUUUAAGCUGCAGAAGUUUCCUCUGUGCCUUAUGUUGUUUUUGAUGUAUUUAUGCUGCUCUGCUGCAGCGUGCCAUGCUGUUCCACUGUUCUAAAUGGUAAAAAGCUGCUGCUUUAGAAGAGUUGCAGACAGUACUUGUGUUUUAUUAUAACUAUGUUUUUAAUUAGUAGCAUGAAGGAUAAGCCAAAGUAAGACAGAGGAUGAUAUGGACAGUGUACAGAACUCCUCAAAGCCACAGGGAGCCAUCAGAAGGAAGGUGCUGCUGACAGAAACAUGCUCUGUGGAACAACGUGUAAGCAAAAAUAAAAUGUUUUGAUUUCUAGGUUUGAGUCUUACCUCCUGGUAAUGGCAUGGCUUAGGCCACAUGCACCAGACAGAGACAGAGUGGUACUUGAUCCAUUCAACCCUCAGGAACCCUUACUUUUUCCCCACUGUGCAGUCAAAGCUUUAAGCUGUUGUAUAUUUAAGGAGUUACAUGUAUAUAAAUACAAAUAUAUCACAUAUUGAUUCAUUUUAGAGCGGUAACCCUAAUACCUUUUAUUUUCAUGAUGCCCAUCACACACAAAAACUGCACAUAAAACAACAUGAAAUGGUCCAAUGCAUAUUUUUUUGUUCCACUUCAUGUAGGUGUAUUUAAGAGCUUUCUGGGUGAACACAUUGUACUGGUGGAAAUCAAAGACACUUUUUUACUUAUCAAAAUACGUGUAAAAUGCCCCCCAGGGUGUCAGUUGAAACGAAUUAAUGUGAUUUAUCCAUCAGUUACCAAUACAGCACAGGUCUCAAGUUAGAGAUGAGACCUUAGCACUUUUAUAAAUGUUGACCUUUCUACUCUUUUUCAUAAUAAAGCACACAUUUUGAAAACUGUAAAGUGUUCAAGUCAUACAUACAAGGUAUGUACUGUAUCCUACACAGACUAACCUGUGUGUCUGUGUGCGCGCACACACACUCACACAGGUAGGUGUACUGUGUACAGACAUACCUACAGUCGACCCAGACAUUAUUCAUACCCCUGGCAAAUUCUUAUUUCUGUAAGUUACUUUUAUUCAACCAGCAAUUUUUUUUGACCAGAAAUGACAAAUGCAUCUUUAAACCUCAAGGUCCCCAAAUCUGGGGAUCCUGGGGUGUGUAGUUUUUUCUGGUUAACUUUGUUAUAAACAAAUGCACCAAAUAUGAAAGACUAUAAAAACGCUUGGGGCUCAUAGGGCUAAAAGAUAAUAGCUUGAUAUAUAAGAGGCAUUCUAGAAAAACAUAUUUCUCAUCCUUUAUUUACAGACCCUUCAACAAGUUUAGGAGCGCAUCGCUAAAGAUGAAUGAACAAAAAUAUCAGUGAAGACAUGCAAAAAGCUGGUCAGUUUAAUUGCUAUAAAUAGCCAAUAAAGGCUUUUCUGUUGAAUAUUGAGAAUGUAUGAAUAGUGUAAAAAAUGACACUAUUUGUAUAAAUGUAAAUAAAAGAUAAAUAUCA